AUGGCUCACCCUGCCCAAUGCUGCCUCCCUAGGUUCAGCCCUUCCUCCCGUGGGCCCAAACGGCCUGUGUCGAUGAAAGUCAAGACGGCUCCAUCACAGAAUCGGGAAUUACUGGCUGCCUGGCGCCGGGAGGAAAUCCACUCCCUUCUCCAAACCGCGUGGGCCCUCCUCCUCUACCGCUACAUCGGAUCCAAAGACGUUUGCUUCGGCUAUCAAUACCUUGAUGGCCCUGACAUAACAAAUCCGUCGACCUUCAGUCUCACCAUCAACGAAGAUGACUCCCUUCGUGAGAUUCAAAAUAAAGUGGCAAGCAGAAGUGUUUUGCCUCAACAAUAUGGGGCAAACACGGAGUCUCAUCUGGCCGAUGAUGGCUACACGCCAUAUAAUACCGUUUUGAUGAUACGCAUCUGCUAUGAUUCGUCGAAUGGCACCGGAAACACUUUGCUACAGCCAGUUUUGGCUAUGACGCUCCCGGAUAAGACUCGGGUACGACUCCACGUGAAAAUCCUGGAGAACGAUAUCAGCAUGUUUCUGGAAUCCUGGAAUGAUGAGGUUUCUACGGAACAAAUGAAAAGCAUCGCUAGUUACUUCGAGAGAACGAUAUCGCAAAUCCUGUCGGGAGAGGACAUUGCGGUGGAAGCGUUAAAUCAGUUUUCGGCACAAGACUGGUCCCGAAUUUGCCAAUUUAACGCAGCGAUUCCGGAAGAACACGAUCGUUGUAUUCACGAGAAAAUUCAGGAACAGGCGCUCAUUCGACCGGACAGCGAGGCUGUAUGCGCUUGGGAUGGGAGUUUCACGUACAGUGAAUUGGACCUCUUGGCUUCCCGGCUUGCUGUUCAUCUCCAAGCGCAGGGAGUUGGACCCGAAGUCCGCGUUGCUCUCUGUUUCGACAAAUCCAAAUGGUACGUUGUCGCAGUGUUGGGAGUUCUUAAAGCUGGAGGCGCCUUCGUGCCUCUUGAUCCAACGCAUCCAACAUCCCGUCUGCAGUCUCUGGUCAGAUCAGUACAAGCAAACAUCUUGAUAUGCUCCAGAAACCGUGAAGGCAAUCUAAAGGCCAUUACGGAGAACAUAAUGCCAUUGGAUGAUCAAAGUCUGAAGGAGCUUCCGGCUCUCUCUGAAGAGAAAGAGCUUUCAACAGAAGUGAAAGGCCACCAUGCAGCCUAUGUGAUAUUUACUUCAGGCUCUACUGGAGAGCCUAAGGGUACUUUGGUUGAACAUAAAGCAUUUGCGUCUGGCGCAGCCGCUCACGCACCUCGACUUCGUAUGUUCGACAAAGCAAGAGUAUUGCAAUUUGCUGCACAUACUUUUGAUGCGAGUCUUGUCGAUAUCUUGACUACAUUGAUCCAAGGCGGCUGUAUCUGUGUGCCCAGUGAGGGGCAGCGAUUGAACGAAAUUACCCAAGUGAUCAACGACAUGCGUGUAAACCAUGCUUCUUUGACGCCAACAUUUGUUAAUUUCGUCGACCAGUCAAAGGUACCAGGGUUGAAAACACUCGUUCUAGCCGGAGAGGCAAUGUCUCAAUCGCACUUGGACACAUGGUCAAAGAUUGAGCUUAUCAAUGCCUUUGGCCCGACUGAAUGCUCCGUUGCAGUAGCCGUGAACAAUAAGAUGACGCGGCUCUCCGACUGCAGAGAUAUUGGUCUUCCCACUGGUGUUCGCCCCUGGAUAGUGGACCCAGAGGACCAUGACAAGCUUGUUCCCGUCGGUUGCGUGGGAGAGAUGAUUCUUGAAGGACCUACGCUUGCCCGAGGCUAUAUCAACAAUCCCGAAAAAACCGCAGAAGUGUUUAUUCACAAUCCAGCUUGGGCGAAGAGUGAGGAUGAAACCCACUCCGACCGACGAUUCUACAAAACUGGUGACCUGGUAAGAUAUAACUCCGAUGCUGGCUCGCUGACAUAUAUAGGACGAAAAGACACUCAAAUCAAGCUCCACGGACAGCGGAUUGAACUGGGAGAGAUUGAAGAUAACCUGAAUACCGACCCCGCCAUUAAAAAUUGCCUGGUUUUCCUUCCCAAGUCGGGAUUUUACCAGGGCAAAUUAGUGGCUGUGCUAUCCUUGUCUACAGAUGUAGACUCUCAGUCGGGAUCGGAUGAAGUGCCUCUAAGGAUUCUCGAACAUUCAAAGAAAAUGGCAGCUGUUACCGAUAUUCGUCACCGCUUGUCAUCAAGAUUACCGACAUACAUGAUCCCCAGUGGGUGGCUAUGUGUCGAGUCCCUGCCUCAGCUUGCAUCUCGUAAGCUUGAUCGAAAAGCCACCGCAAGCUGGGUCGCGGGCAUGGAAGAAGACCCGGAUCGUGACCUAGCGAAACUUGGCGACUCCUCGACCCAAGAGGUCAUCCGAUCCACAAAUGUGACGGAAGAUCGACUGGCUUCCAUCUGGAGCCGCAUCCUCAACAUACCUAAAAACCACAUCAGUCUCGACGAAAGUUUCUUGAGUCUCGGCGGAGACUCCAUCGCUGCGAUUACUUGCAUGGGAUCUUGCAAGAAGCAGGGUCUUGGAGUUACAGUUCAACAAGUGCUCCAAAGCAAAUCCAUUCGGGCUUUGGCAACACACGUCACUGAGAUCAGCCAGCCUACUGUGUAUGAGGAGACGAUCGAAGAGCCAUUUGGGCUUUCGCCAAUCCAAAAACUCCAUUUCAAGGUGCGGAAGGAGGGUCAGGGGUACUUCAACCAAGGUGUUCUUACCCGCCUGAACCGGCCCAUCAGCGAUGACGAACUUUGCCGUGCAAUUGAAACCCUCGUCAAACGACAUUCUAUGCUCCGUUCACGAUUUACGGACAUGGGUCCUGAGGCCGGAGUGCGACAGCACAUCACCGAAGAUAUUGUUGGGUCUUACCGCUUCCGAUCGCACAGCGAGACCAGCGAACAUGAGAUUCAACAUGCCAUUUCGAAUAGCCAGUCUUGUAUCAAUGCAUUCGCCGGUCCAAUGAUGGCAGCUGAUAUCUUCCGUGUCAGUGGCAGGGAAAAUGUUCUCUCGAUGACUGCUCAUCAUUUGGUGGUUGAUAUCGUUUCGUGGAGGAUUAUCUUGGAGGAUUUGGAGGAGCUUUUGCUUAACCCAAGCGAAGAUCUGUCCCAGAGUGGCUCCCUUCCAUUCCAAACCUGGUCUCAAUUACAGGAGGCGCAAAUCAAGGAGGUCGAAACCGCGGACAAGGCUGAACUAGACAAAGUUCCCGCCCCUGAUUUUGCUUACUGGGGACUGGAGGAUCACCAAACCACGUACGGAGAUGUGGACUGCGAGACCUUCGAGAUGAGUCCAGAGGACACGCACGCCCUUCUUAUGGAGUGUCAUAGAAGCCUCGGAACCGAACCAAUUGACAUAUUCCUGGCGUCACUUCUCUACGGAUUCCGACAAGCGUUUACUGAUCGAUCGCUGCCUGUGAUCUACAACGAAGGCCACGGAAGAGAAGUUUGGGAUCCCACGAUAGACAUUUCGCGUACCGUCGGCUGGUUUACCAUUCUGCAGCCCAUGUUAAUUUCGAAUACUGCUUUGGAUGACCCUGUCGACGCAGUCAUCCAGGUGAAAGAUCUCCGCCGCCAAGUUUCAGACAAUGGACGGCAAGACUUCACACGCCGCGUCCUCGCAGGGGGUCCACAAAAGUGCGGCCACCAUGGGCCUAUGGAGAUCUCGUUCAACUAUGUCGGUCAGCAUCGAGACCUGCAGCGGAACGAUGGUCUAUUCCAGCUCAUGAACCAGAUGGCUGGAGAGACUGGCCGGGGUGGAGGUGCUGCUGAUUUCGGUGAAGAGACUCCUCGUUUUGCGCUCUUCGAGACAUCAGCACUUGCCGUUCAUGGAAGGUUGCGCUUCAGUUUCUCCUUCAACAGGUACAUGAAACAUCAGGAAUUAAUUCGGAACUGGGUCGCUUCCUGCCAUGAUACCCUAAAAUACCUCGGAAACAAACUGCAGUCCCUAGAGCCAAGACCUACACUAAGCAGCUUUCCACUACUGUCACUCAACUACGGAGAGCUGGAGACAAUCCUCUCGAAAAAGCUCCCCAGUAUUGGAAUACACUCUCCCGACCUAGUGGAGGAUAUCUACCCAUGCUCGCGCAUGCAGGAGGCUAUACUGCUCAGUCGCUCUCGUGAUGAUGGUCUCUACGCUGUUCAUGAUACUGUGGAAGUGAAAUGCUGGGAGGGUAAACCAGAUGCUAAUCGUCUGAGUCUCGCAUGGCAAAAGGUGAUUUCUAGACACCCAAUGCUACGAACUAUCUUCGUGGAGAAUUUCACCAGCCAGAACUUGUUCUGUCAAGUCGUUCUCAAGACAUUCGAUGCCCGUCCUAGUUUCGUGAGGUGCUUGAGCGAUGGUGAUGUGCUAGCAACUCUGGACCGACAACAGCCGAUGAAUUAUCAUGAGCACCGACCAUCCCACAGGCUUACUAUCUGCGAAACAGCAAAUGGUAGGUUAUUUUGCAGAAUUGAGAUGAGUCAUACCUCGAUGGAUGGUUCCUCCAUUUCCCUGAUCCUUCGAGACCUGCAGUUGGCAUACAGCGAAAAACUUGAUGAUCACACGCCAAAGUUCAAAAAUUUCAUCGACUACCUCCAAAAUACUCCUCAGCAGGACACCAUCGACUAUUGGUGCUCGUAUCUGUCAAAGUUCAAGCCUUGCCACUUGCCCGUGCUCACCGAUGGUGUCUCUGCUCCUAAGCAGCUCAAAACCAUGCGGUUGAAUUUUGAACCACUCGAAGAACUCCAAAGGGUCUGUGAACAAAAUGGACUGACCUUAUCGACUGCUUUUAGCACUGGUUGGGGUCUUACACUUAAGUCCUUCUGCAAUACCGAUGAAGUCUGCUUUAGCUACAUGACAUCCCUCAGAGAUUUGCCUGUCGAAGACAUCGAGUCGGUUGUUGGCCCCGCCAUCAGCUUGCUAGCUUGUCGGAUGAACGCCUCGGGUAGCACUCCACUGAAAGAGGCCUUGAAUCAGGUCCAGAAUGACUACAUGGAGCAACUGCCUUACAAGCAUGCCUCGCUCAUCGAUAUUCAGCACGCUUUGAAGCUAUCGGAGACUUUGUUCAACACUGGAAUCUCUUUUAGGAAGCUCCCGAGCUUCAAGAAUUCGCCCAGAGAAGCAAUCGAGUUCGAAGAGCUUGGAUCGAUUUAUGACCCAGCGGAAUUUCCAGUUUUUAUCAAUGUUGAAGUCGCAGACGAUGAAGUUCGUUUGGACUUGAAUUACUGGACAACGGCCUUGUCGGAUGGUCAAGCACAGAGUGUCGCUCGUACUUUCCUCAAGCACCUGGAAAACAUCGUUUAUUUCCAGGACAAGGAGAUAAGUCUCUUGAACGGGAUGAGUGAUUGGGCCGAGAACCAAAUCGCAAGGUGGAAUGUUAGCGUUCCAGAGAGACUUGAUCAGUCUAUCCACGAAAUCCUUGACGAGAAGGCCAAGCUGCAACCGAAUGCUCUAGCACUUGUGGAUGGAGAGGGCAGUCUUACAUACACCAAGAUCAAUGAAAUGUCUUCGAUCCUAGCGACUUAUUUGAUCAAGCUUGGUGUGAGCGCUGGGGCCUUGGUUCCGAUCGAUUUUGCCAACUCGAGUUGGCAAAUUGUCUCCGUGUUGGCGGUGCUUAAAGCAGGUGGACUCUGUGUCCCAAUGAGUGGAGGUUGGAUACAGAACACCGAUCAAUGGCUUAUCGACAAUGGAGUGCAAGUUGCUCUUGCAACUCCCACCAGGGCACAUGUUCUCGAGGGUACUAUCCCAUAUGUUAUCCUUGUGGGAGCCUCUCUCUUCAAAUAUCUCCCAAGCUUGGACGGGGAGUUCCAGUUCUCUAUGGACCCGUCAAAUGAAGCCUAUGUGGUUUCCACUUCGGGAGAAAGUUCGACGCCUCGACCUGUUGUCCUCACCCACCGGACUAUCCUCGCGAGAGCAAAGGCCUUUGCUUCAGCGCUUGGCAUAGAUGAGAAGACACGGUACCUCCAAUUUUCUGCAUACACAUCUGGCAUGUUCAUCGAGGAGAUCUUUGGUGUACUUCUGCGCGGUGGAUCUCUUUGUAUUCCAUCAGACAACUCUCGCGAGAACCUUUCAGCAUCGAUCAACGCAUUGCACGUAAAUUGCAUUAGCCUAACUCCGUCACUCGCUUCCUACUUGCAACCAUCGGAUGUUCCAGAGGUUAAAACUCUGGCGUUGUUCGGAGAAGCUCCGCUAAAAAGGUUGACUGAAACCUGGUCUCCGAAAGUUCAGCUGCAUACCUUCUACGGAACAGCCGAGAGCUCUUCAGUUUCCAUCCACAAAUCGAUUACCGAUGUUUCAAUGAAUGAGGUGCUGAUUGGAGCAAGCAAUGGUUGCUUGGCUUGGAUUGUUGACCCCAGUGAUCAUGAGGCUCUGGUUCCUAUAGGAUGCACUGGUGAGCUCGUGCUAGAGGGACCUGUUGUUGCCGAAGGUUACUUGAAUGAAGAGGAGAAUUCAGCAGGAAACUUUAUCGUGGAUCCUCAAUGGCUUAUCGCUCUGCAACAGAGCGCCGGAAACUGCGACGACGAGACCCCUGACCAGGCAAAAGCGCCCCGGCUGAUGUUCAAGACGGGGGAUUUGGCUCGUUACAACUCGGACGGGUCGCUUGUUUUCAUGGGAAGAAAGUCAAAGGAGAUUGGAUCACCGUCUCAGGCGCAUAUGUGGCAGAUGGAACAGCACAUCAACGCAUUCUUUCCACCUGAGUACCGUUGCGUCGUGGAUAAGCUCGAGGACGAGCAGGAAUCUCCUAAUUGCCCAGCUGUCUUCGUGCUUCCCAUGAACGACAACGGUACCGUCCUUGAAGAUAGCCUUGCAUUGAUUUCUGGAGCGUCUCCUCAGUUCCACGAUAUUGUCGCCAAGCUUCAUACCCAUCUCUCACAGUCUUUGCCUUCGAAUCAGGUUCCGAACUUUUACUUCCCAGUUUCUCAAACACCCUUGAACCGAAUCGGCAAACUUGAUCGUCAAUUACUGAGGAUCGCUACGCAGAAUAUCUCCGAUGAAGCUCGACUAGAAUUCAAUUUCAACAAAUUCAAUGAGUUUUGGCGAAGCACACUAGCCAACUCGGUGCUUAGCCAAUUUCCAUCGCCUUCCACUCGCUCACAGACUUCUGCUAGCAAAACCAGCCAGGCGAAUGCAUCUUGGUCACAGACUGCAAAAUUCAACUCUGGGUCGAAGGCCACUAUCCUCGCAGCAUGGGCACUGACUGUCUACGGUUAUACUUCUGAGGAUGUUUGCUUUGGAGAAUUGCUCCUGAAUCAGGACAAGAGUGCGAUAAUAGUUCCUCGGCGGUUUAUUGUCAACGAAGCAACCGUCAUCGGGAAUUUCCUGAAUACUGCACAGCAAUGUCUAAUCGCAGCAGAGCCUUUCCAAAAAGGAGGACUUCGGCGAAUCCGCAAACUCAACGGGGACACCGCGCGCGCAUCCAACUUUAGAAACCUGGUUUUGGUUUUGAACAACUGUGGAGGACAACCGAGUUUCCAAGAGCACUUCAAAGAUAGCUCAGCGCUGAACGAUGCGUCUCAUUCUUAUCCUCUGGUACUGUGUAUCACUGUUGGGGAAGAGGGUAUUGAAUGCAGCUAUCGGUUUGAUCAAGAGACAGUCUCUGCUGCCCAAGUCGAUCGAAUAAUGGCUCGAUUUGGGGAUUAUUUCAACGUCCUGAACUCGGAAUCCAAGAAGCAAGACUCAAUCAGUUCAAUGGAGAUCCAUGAUGAGCAAAAUGCUUAUUCCAUCACCGCAGAUAUGGAUUACUGGAAGGAAUAUCUGUCCGAUGUUGAACCAUGCAUUUUCCAUGCUCUGCCCUCAAGGACGCAUCGGGAUGGCUUCGGAUCCACCGAACUGAAUAUUUCCUCUACAUCCGAUCUGCGUGCCUUCUGUCAAGAUGCUAAAGUGGACACCAAUGUAUUCCUUCAAGUCGUUUGGGGCCUGGUUUUGAGAUCUUUCACAGGCCUGCAGGAUGUCUGCUUCGGGUACAGCACCACCCAACAGUCUGACUCUGCAAUAGUUAUGACUUGCAGGCUACGGCUUAUGGACAAUGUCAAGCUUGAAGAGGCUGUCCAGUCAAGACAGCAAGAAUUCAAGCAGAUGCUGCGUCAUUCUCUCCCUUUGAGUGAGGUCCAGCAGGAACUCGCAAUUGACGGCACCGCUCUUUUCAACACGGUCUUUAGCUCAAACGAAACAGGUUUGGUCUCCAAUGGAACGUUCGACUCGGGUGAUUACAUGAUUUCCAUUCACGCAGCAGUCACAGGAUUGGCGGGGAAGGUGCUCUUCACGUAUCAAAAAAACGCGUUAUCAGAUGACAGCAUCGCCAACAUCGUUGAUUGUUUCGGCCAAAUUCUUGAUUCUAUGAUCAGUCUUGGCAAAAAUGGCGCCGUUGGUGAGGUUCAAUUUUUCAACAAUGCUUCGUGCCAGAAACUUCUUGAAUGGAAUUCCACACUGUCCGAGCGACCCGACAAAUGUGCACACGAGAUCAUUGGUCAGCAAGCUCUAAUGCGCCCAUCAAAAAUAGCUAUCUGCUCUUGGGAUGGGGAUUUCAGCUACGCCGAGAUUGAUGACUUGUCCAACAGGCUUGCCAGCCACCUGAGAGGCCUGGGUGUCAAGCCUGAGGUAUUUGUGGCAAUGUGUUUUGAGAAGUCAGCCUGGGCUAUCAUAGCGCAACUGGCUGUCCACAAAGCAGGAGGAGCAUUCGCGUCUAUGGAUCCUAGCCACCCGGAAAGCCGACUCAAGGGCUUGGUUAAUGACAUUGGUGCCAAGAUUAUCCUGUGCUCCUCCAAGUACCUGGACAAAGCCUCCAAGAUUUGCGGCACGCCAUUUGCCGUUUGCGAAGAAAGCAUUAGGCAGCUUCCGAAUCCCACCCCUCUUGAUCCAGCCUUAAGCCCGACUGUCGACAAUGCAGCAUAUGUUAUCUUCACCUCUGGAACGACAGGAAAGCCGAAGGUGACAGUGCUUGAGCAUGUUGGACUUGCCUUAGGCUGUACUGCAUUCGCCAAGCCGCUGAACUUCAGCACAGACACUCGCGUGCUCCAAUUUUCGAACUUCACCUUCGAUAUCAGCAUCCUCGAGACAAUUGUUGUCCUCAUGGUUGGCGGCUGCAUCUGUAUGCCAUCUGAUGAGGAACGACUAAAUGACCUGCCCGGAAUGAUACGGAGAACACAAGCCAACACCACAUGUUGCACUCCAUCCAUCAUCAACACAUUAGAUCCCAAGACUGUUCCUGGACUGACCACAAUUGCUUGCGGUGGAGAGAAAAUGAUGGAAAGUCAUAUUGAACGCUGGGCGGACAGAUGUGUCAUCAAUGCCUAUGGGCCCUCGGAAGCAACUAUCGUCGUCACAUCGAGCAUGAAGAUCAACCAAGAGGGAAAGCGUCUCGAUGUCGAGGGCAGUUCAAUCGGUACUGCUAUGUCGGGUAGAACGUGGAUCGUUGACCCGCAUAAUCAUCGCAAACUUGUCCCGGUCGGUGCCAUCGGAGAGCUUGUCCUAGAAGGCUGCAACAUUGCCCGAGGAUAUCUCAACAACGAGCAAAAGACGAAACAAGUUUUCAUCCGUGAUCCUGAAUGGACCAAGCAUGAGGGUUUGAAGAGUAUUCUUGAGAGAAGGGAUCGCAUGUAUCUCUCUGGAGACCUUGUUUAUUACAGUCCCGAUGGCUCGAUCCAGUUCAUCUCCCGCAAGGACACUCAGAUCAAGCUUAAUGGUGUCCGCAUUGAAGUGGAAGAGAUUGAGCAACAGUGUAUCUCGUAUCUGCCUCCAGAUACCCAGGUGGCUGUUGACAUCAUCAAUCCAAAGGAGAAGACGAUGGCAAAGUGCCUGGGAGCCUUUUUCACCAUCGAGGAACAAAAUUUCGAGCCGAGCACAGCUUCCCAGCUCUUGUUGCCUAUGACUGAGAAAAUUACUGAGACUGUGAAAGCCCUUCAGGCCUCUUUGCGAGAAUCUCUGCCAUUGGCUAUGAUGCCGAAGCUUUUCUUUCCAUUGCGACGCUUGCCCUUCUCUUCGACAGGCAAACUCGAUCGCAAAGGUCUCCGUACGAUAAUUGAAUCCAUGUCCAAGGAACAAUUUCAAAGUUAUACCAGCAUCAAUGGGGGUACUAAGCAAGUUGCUCAAGGUGGAGUUGCCGGGGAACUUCAGGGUCUUUGGGAAAAGGCCCUUGGUCUUGCACCGGGCUCUGUUGGCGCCGAAGAUAGCUUUUUCGGGCUUGGUGGUGACUCUUUCUCGGCCAUGAAACUUGUUGGUGCUGCGCAUUCUCGUGGAAUCUCACUCACCGUGGCCGACAUUUAUGCCAACCCCAUUCUGCUGGAUAUGGCAAAAUGCUGUGGAAUAUCAGAAAAGGAGACAGUCGAGACUAAUGUGCAGCCUUUCAGUCUGUUAUCUGCUUCGGUUUCUCGCGAGGAGAUCCUGGCGGACGUUUCUGAUCAAUCUUCUGUCCCGCAAAAGUUGAUAUCCGAUAUCUAUCCCUGCAGUCCGGUGCAAGAGGGUCUUCUUACACUGUCUAUCAAGCAACAGGGGGCAUACAUUGCCCAGCCUGUCUUUGAACUCGCCGAAGGUCUCGAUAUCGAGCAGUUCAAGGCGGCCUGGCAAGAGACCGUGAACCAACUGGAUAUCCUUCGAACGCGUAUUGUCUACACAGACUCCAUGGGUUUCAUCCAAGCAGUGAUCAAGAAAGAAACGAUCUCUUGGUCCACUGCAGACACAGUUGAAGAAGUUCUAGAUGGCACUUUUGGAUUGUCGAACCACAACGGAGGCCAGCUGGCCAGUUAUGCAAUUGUUCAACCUCAGGCCUCCUCGACACGCUACUUUGUGUGGACCAUUCAUCACGCACUUUAUGAUGGAUGGAGCGUGCCGCUGAUUCUUCGAAAAGUAGAGGAGGUCUAUUCAAAGGCGUCGAGCAAGACGACAACGCUCCCUUACAAGAACUUCAUCAGCUAUCUUGAGGAUAGAGACAUGUCUAAGUCGGAUGAGUUCUGGAAAUCUCAACUUUCAAAUCUCUCUUGCUCUCCGUUCCCGCAAAACAAGUCAACUUCACCAGAUGCUGUGCGGGUGGGUAACCGACACCACAGCAACAUUGGAAUCUCCCGAUCCCAAAACCUUUUGGGAUUGACGCUCCCUGAGAUCAUUCGUGCUGCCUGGGCCAUUGUGGUAUCUGUUCACACUAGCUCCGACGAUGUCUGCUUUGGUGAGACUUUAAUGGGCAGAAACAUUAGCUUUGCAGGCGUUACAGAUAUUGCCGGACCCGUUCUUACUACAGUGCCAACGCGUGUUCAAGUCGAUACCGAUACUUCGAUCACUCAAUACCUGCAGAGGGUUCGCGAAUUGACCACCGUGACCAUUCCGCAUCAGCAUUCCGGACUGCAGCGCAUUCGCAAGCUCAGUAGUGAUGCGUCGGUCGCUUGCGACUUUCAGAAUCUUCUGGUAAUUCAAUCAGAGGAAGGAGCUCUUGACAGCUCUAUCUGGGCUUCUGGAAAUGGACAAACCAGCGGAGACUUCUUUACCCAUCCACUCACUGUUGAGUGCAAGAUCAAUGAAUCUGGUCUGGAUAUAACACUUCAUCAUGACGAGGUUGUCCUGGACAGCUGGCUGGCUGAAAGGCUUAUUCACCAAUUCAGUUACGUUCUCGAGCAGUUGCUUGCGGUUUCCAACGAUGAUACUCGCAAAGUUGGUGACCUUGAGCUGCUCAGCGCCUUUGACAAAAAAGAUAUCUCUCUAUGGAAUCAGAGAGACGUCCCUGCCGUUGAAAGAUGUGUCCACGACAUCAUCAAAGAAAAUUGCUCAGCCCAACCGAAAGCCAAGGCCGUUCACGCUUGGGACGGUGAGCUUUCCUACAAGGAACUGCAUGAUCUUGCGUCCUCGUUUGCGAACUACCUUAGCUCUCGUGGAGUUGGACCGGAGACGUUGGUGCCUAUCUGCAUGGACAAAUCCCUUUGGGUUAUUGUUUCUAUCCUUGGUGUUCUCAUUGCUGGUGGAGCCUAUGUCCCAUUGGACCCAUCUCACCCGACGUCAAGACACAGUGAAAUCAUUGAAGAAGUCCACGCCCGUGUCAUCCUCUGCUCUCCUCAAUACCGCAAGCGCUACGCAGGUCUCGUUAAGACUAUCAUACCUGUUAGCAAGGAGACAAUAAGAGCCUAUGGUGCCUUGACAACUGAGACGCAAAGCCCUCAAACAGCUCAGCCAUCAAAUAUGGCCGUUUCAAUUUUCACGUCUGGCAGUACAGGUCGACCCAAGGGAAUCAUUCUUGAUCAUCGGGCGCUUGCCAGUAGCGGCCUGGCUUUUGGCCCUGUGGUGGAAAUGAAUCAAAAUUCCCGAUCCUUCCAGUUUGCGUCUCUUGCAUUUGAUGCGGCAAUCAUGGAAACCCUCGUGACUUUGAUGCAUGGUGGUUGUAUAUGCAUCCCCAGCGAAGAGGAGCGUUUGAACGAUGUUGUCGGCGCCAUUCAGCGUAUGGGCGUGAACUGGACUUUCUUGACUCCUUCUAUCGCUAGUAUCAUCGAACCUUCAACGGUCCCAACGCUGGAGGUCCUUGUAUGCGGUGGAGAAAAACUAUCACGAGAAGUGAUAAACAAAUGGGCUCACUGUAUCAAACUCAUGAAUGGAUACGGUCCGACAGAAACCACCAUUUUCGCUGUGAUCAACCCUGAGGUUUCUCCCAACACGGAUGCCGCUUGCAUUGGCAACGGUAUCCCCUGCACUCUAACUUGGAUUGUGGAUCCUGAGAACCAUGAUCGACUCUCUCCCUUAGGUACCAUUGGCGAGUUGGCGCUGGAGGGUCCUGCACUUGCAAGAGAAUAUCUCCGAAACCCCGAAAAGACAACAGAGGCCUUUGUCACAGAACCAGCUUGGAUGAAGAGCUUUGCGAACUCGCUGCCGUCGCCUCGGAGAAUCUACAAAACUGGUGAUCUUGUCAAAUACAAUCCAGAUGGAUCAAUUUUGUGCAUUGGUCGCAAAGAUCACCAAGUCAAGCUUCACGGGCAGCGCAUGGAACUUGGAGAGAUUGAACAUCGCCUGCAUGAGGACCCGCGAAUUCGUCACGCCAUCGUGAUUAUGCCCGGGAAGGGACUCCUUCGGCAGAGACUGGUCACUAUCAUGUCCAUGGAAUCACUCAAUGUCGACAAGAGCAUUAUGUCGGAUGAGACAUGCGAACUUGUCAACCAGACUACUAUGGAGCGUGUCUUACCUGAACUUGUUGACAUUCAAAAGAACCUCGAGACGCAGCUACCCAUAUACAUGGUUCCUCAGACGUGGGCCGUGAUCAAGAAACUGCCAAUGCUUGUUUCCGGAAAGCUAGACAGAAAACGGAUUACAAGCUGGAUUGAGAAUAUUGACGAGCGCACCUAUGGCCGGAUUAUGCAAGAUUACGACGACAUCAAGCGAGGUGAUGUUGAACCCGAAGAGGAAGAAGAAGAAGAAGACCAGGGAGCCUUCCUGAAUGCUCUCCGUGAUAUUUUCAGCCAGGUGCUUAACAUUCCUUCUCACAAGGUCGAUCUCAACCGUUCCUUCGUCAGUCUAGGUGGAGACAGUAUUACGGGAAUGGCCGUCGUUUCCAAGGCUCGUAAGCAAGGAAUUGAAGUCACAUUGCACAGUGUGCUUCAGAGCAAGUCUAUAACCGAGCUUGCUGCUGCAUCUGGUGUGAAGACAAACACCAUCCAGCGCAAGGAGAAGUCCGGUGAAUUGUUCGACCUGUCUCCUAUUCAAACGCUGUAUUUCGAAUCGGCCACUGCGUUUGAUGGUAAUGCUCGCUUCAACCAGAGCAUGACGGUUCGCAUCACCCAAAGGAUCAAGCCUGAAAACUUGGAGCAAGCGAUCAAAGCAAUUAUCGAACGUCAUUCCAUGUUCAGGGCCCGCUUCAUCAAGUCGCGGGGAGGAAAGUGGCAGCAGAAGAUCAAAGAUGAUGUUGACAGUUCCUACCGGUUCCGCAUUCACGCGGUCAAUACUCCGAAGACAGUGCUCCCCAUUAUCGGAGAAAGCCAGCAGAGCCUAGAUAUUGAAAAUGGACCAAUCUUUGCUGCCGAUCUGUUUGAGGUUCAAGGUCACCAGCAGAUCUUGUUUCUUACAGCCAAUCAUCUGUGUGUGGACAUGGUCUCAUGGCGCAUUGUUCUGCAGGACAUAGAAGAGUUCCUCGAAUCUGGGUCUCUUUCUUCUGAAAAGGCACUCUCAUUCCAAAGCUGGUGUGAAGUGCAAAUGGAGACCAGCAAGACUGAAGUCCGCAGUAUUGAGCUUCCUUUCGAGGUUGAGACGCCCAACCUCAGAUACUGGGGGAUGGAGAAUGCAGAAAACGUAUACGGCAAUGUCAAGAUGGAGUCUUUCACGUUGAGUGAAGAUGAGACUGCAUUCGUCCUAGAGCAUGGUCAACACAUUCUCCGGGCUGAGGCCAUUGAUGUUGUGCUUGCUACUGUCAUCCAUGCCUUCCGUCAAGUUUUUGUUGAUCGAGAUAUCCCGACGAUUUACAAUGAAGGCCAUGGCCGCGACGUGGAAGACUCUAGUGUCGACCUUUCGAGGACAGUCGGUUGGUUCACAACUAUCUGCCCCCUGCGCGUCAACAAGGGCUCAGACAUCAUGGAGACCUUGAAAUAUGUCAAGGACACAAGACGCCAGGUCACCACUGAUGGCCAAGCUUAUUUCGCGCAGAAUAUGCUUCACCAGACUGGCGCUACGGAGUUCCCCGUUCCGUUCGAGAUCAUUUUCAAUUAUCUCGGUCAGCUUCAGCAGCUGGAACGCGACGACUCCCUGUUCCAGCUUUUCGGCACUACGUUCGACAGUGAGAGACUCGAAGUGGCGGGAGACAUGGGUCAGAAAACGCCUCGGUUUGCCCUUCUGGAAGUGUCAGCAAUCAUUGUCAAGGAAAAGCUUCAUGUCUCUUUCAACUACAACCGACAGAUGAAGCAUGAAAGCCAGAUUCUGGAGUGGAUGACUGAGUGCAAGAGAAUCCUCGAAGAAGACUUCCUCUAUUACAAAGAUCGCGUCCCCGAGCCCACCCUCACCGAUUACCCCUUGCUCAAUAUGACAUACGAUGGGCUACGAAGCCUGGUCAAAGGCACUAUCCCGAGCGUCGGAAUGAGCUGGGAUGAGGUCGAAGACGUCUACCCUUGCUCUCCUGUUCAGGAAGGCAUUCUGCUCAGUCAACUCCGUGAUCCGCAGAAAUACAUGUUCCAUGUAGUCUUCGAGGUUCGUCCUUAUGACCAGAGGAACAAGGUCGACCCGGCCCAGCUUCGAAAGGCUUGGAUGAUGGUGGUCAAUCGUCACCAGGUUCUGAGAACCUUGUUUGUUGACAGCAACUCCAAGGGCGGUUCUUUCGAUCAACUUGUCAUCAAAUCGGUUGGGGAUGAGAUUGUUGAAUUCCAAUGUGAGGAUGAUGUAGCACUCAAGACAAUUGAUAACAUCAAACUGCGCGAUAUCAACGAUAAGAGAUCUUCGAAACUACCUCAACAGCUCACAAUCUGCCAAACAACCUCCGGUCGUGUCUUCAUGAAGCUCGAGAUGAACCAUGCCAUCAUUGAUGGUGGAUCCGUUGCUAUCAUCUUGAGAGAUCUUGCAUUGGCAUAUAACAACAUUCUCGCCUCAGCAUCAGGACCACGUUUCAGCGAGUACAUCAAGUACGCACGAAAGCAAGACCAAAAAGAAGCGUUGACUUACUGGAUGAAAUACCUGUCUGGAGUGCGACCUUGCCAUCUGUCGGUUUCCGCCGAGACAAAAGACGACCGUCAACUAGGCUCUCUGAUGAUGGAUUUCAACCGCUUCCCUGAGCUACAGCAAUUCUGCGAGAAACACUCUGUCACCCUCGCAAGCCUGACCAUGACUGCCUGGGCGAUUGUUCUCCGGAAGUUCACAAGAUCCAAUGAUGUCUCGUUCGGAUACCCAUCUGCUGGUCGCGAUUCACCGGUUCCUGGAAUCCAAGACGCGGUUGGAAUUUUCAUCAACAUGUUGUGCUGCCGAGUCAACUUUGCGGUCAACCACACCCUUCUUGACGUCUCGAAGAUGGUCCAGGAAAACCACAUCAAGAGCAUCCCACAUCAAAACUGUUCACUUGCGAAGAUCCAGCAUGAACUUGGUCGUCAAGGUCAAGCGCUUUUCAACACGACCAUCUCUAUUCAGAAUCACUCUGAGUCCAAGGUUGUCAAAAAGGAUAUGAUCUCUUUUGACACUCAGUAUGCGUUCGAUCCAACUGAGUACCCUGUGACAGUGAAUGUUGAGACUGCCAGGGGUCACGAGGGCAUCUUGCUCAGAUUCUGGACAGACGCUGUGUCCGAAAAUCGAGCAAAGGACCUGACCGAUUCCAUUGCUAAAGUGUUCACCUGCUUCGUUGAGGAGCCAUCCCGCCUGGUUUCUGAGCUGGCUCUCGCCGGUGAGCCAUUGCACAUUCAUGACCAUCCCCCGGGGGGUCCUGCUCUGUCGGACUUGCAACUACUUGAUCACGAUUAUCUUCAGAAGUUGAUUGAUCAGCGGGUAAAUGAGGCCAUUAGCCAGAUGAUCAAGACAGGCAAGCUUGUUCUCGCCCAACCUGAUGGCCAGGAUAAGAACCAGUCCGACGAGUAUCAGCUCAAAGGCUUGGAUUCUCCCUUCCAAGCGGAUGACGCCCGGAAAAUGGCUCUCUCGGACUCCGUCCCGACUCUAAUGGGCGACAAGGAAACAAGCGAGCUUGAGGGUCGCCUUCGCAAGCUCUGGAACACAGCCCUCGGGCGGUCCGAAACCGCCGUCAAGCACCAGGACAGCUUUUUUAAGCUUGGUGGCGAUAGUAUAACAGCCAUGAAAAUGGUCGGAGUUGCCCGCGAGGAGGGAUUGGUUUUGACUGUGGCCGAUGUCUUCAACAAUCCCGUAUUCGGAGAUAUGCUGGCAAUUGUCAGCGAAAGAGCCAGUCCGGCUUCUUCAAGCACUAGCACACCACCCAUGACGCCUGAAAACGAGAGAGCUAUCGAGACUCCGUUCAUUCUCUCUAGACCUGACACGCCAAACGAGCUCACGGUCCUGAGAUCAUCAGAGGUCGAUUCCGCCUCCCUUCGAGCGGGGAUCAGUCCCAAAAUUGGCGUCUUCCGAGGGGGUAUCGCGGACGUUCUGCCGGUGACAGACUUCCAGGCCCUUUCCUUGACUGCGAGUCUAUUCAAAUCAAGGUGGAUGCUGAAUUACUUCUUCCUUGAUGGCCAAGGUCCACUGGAUAUCCGAAGACUCAGAGAAAGUUUCCUGCGUGCUGUCGAUGCGUUCGACAUACUGCGCACGGUUUUCGUGUGUUUCCAUGGCCAGUUCUUCCAGGUCAUCUUGCGCAAGGUCCGGCCGGAAAUCAUCGUAUGCGAAACCGACAAGAGCUUGGAUGAUUAUACCGAGUCCCUGCAGCAGCAAGACCGCGCGCAGAUUCCCCGUCAAGGGGAGCAGUAUGUGCAGUUCUACAUUGUGAAGAAGAAGAUGAGUGACCAGCACCGCAUUCUGAUUCGCAUGCACCAUGCCCAAUUUGAUGGUGUAUGCCUUCCGAGAAUUAUGUCUGCCAUUAAAAUGGGAUAUGAAGGUAGCCCUAUUCCUCCCACCCCAUCCUACUCGAACUACAUGCGGGUUCUUCCUGUGUCGAUCACUCCGGAACACUAUCAACACUGGAGGACACUUCUCAAGGGAUCCCAAAUGACAGAGGUCAUCCGACGUGAAGCUCCCAACAACUUCCAGCAUAUUGGCGGCUUCACCGAGCAAAAGAAAACCAUCCACUUCCCGCCAACGGUCCUUGAGAAUGUCACCAUCGCAACUGUCAUGCAAUCCGCAUGGGCCAUGACACUGGCCAAGCUCUCCGCCCAUGCAGACAUCGUCUUUGGUCUUACCAUCAGCGGCAGGAAUGCCACCAUUCCGGGCAUCGAAGCCACUGUCGGACCUUGUCUCAACAUGAUCCCCGUCCGAGUCAAGUUUGGCGAGCACUGGACUGGCCUGGAUCUUUUCCGCUACCUCCAGGACCAGCAGGUCGCCAACAUGCCCUACGAGUCCCUGGGCUUCCGGGAGAUCAUCCGGCACUGCACCGACUGGUCUGACUCCACCUACUUCACGACCUCUGUUUUCCACCAGAACGUCGAAUACGAGGGCCAGAUGCAGCUGGACGACAACCACUACCGCAUGGGCGGCGUUGGCGUCAUUGACAAUUUCAACGACCUCACCCUCUUCUCCAAAGGCUUCCCCAACGAGCAGACGCUCGACAUUUCCCUCGGAUAUUCUGUCAAGGGUCCCAUACAAGCCCCCUUCGCCACUCAAGUCCUGGAAAUGGUCUGCGAGACAGUGCAAAGUCUCAUCGCCAACCCUAACAUCCCCCUCCCCUCCCCUUCCACUCUCCGCUCCCUCUCCUGCCAAGUUGUCAACGACCUGCCCCGUCCCUCCGACGAACACUUCCUCUCCUCCCACCUCAACACCCGCAGCAUCUCCGAGAUCCUCGUGCAUUCAGACCUCCUCACUCAGACCUGGCAUCAAGUCCUCUCUUCCAACAGCAACAACGUGCCUCGAACCGGACGCACAGAGAGAGACCAAACCCGCUACCAGCUCAACUCCUCCUUCUUCGAACUCGGCGGUGACAUCCUCAGCAUGGCGCAGGUCGUCUGGUUGCUCGAGCAAGAGGGUCACCAGGUCCGACUGGAAGAUCUCCUCGAGCAUCCGACUUUCCUCGGCCAAUUGGCUGUUCUGGCUCUCCAUCACAACAACAACACAGACAGACACGACGAAGAUGCUCUGAGGAAUGACAGCAACAACAAUGUCACCGCUCCGUCAACUGAGCUUAUCACGUCCUCGCCUCCCCCUGGCACAGCAUCGGGGUCUGAGUCCUCCAAGGCGUUGGCCAAGAAGGGAUCGUGGAAUCCACUCGGCAGGGCUUUUACUUUGGCUCGAAGAUUCACGAGGUGGGGUUCGGGGUCUGUGUCGUCGAAGAAUUAA